AUGCGAUCUGUAGUCGACACGAUCACGGCCAUCGAGUAUGAUCGGUCCGGCGAGUACCUUGCGACUGGUACCAAGGGUGGCCAAGUCAUCGUCUACUCCAAGGAAGGCGGCGCCCAUAAGAAGGAAAAGCUUCGCCGGUCGUUCCAAUCGCAAGAGCCCUCCAAGUACGCCAACUACAAGACGUUCCAGAGCCAUACGCCCGAGUUUGACUACUUGAAGAGCUUGGAGAUCGAAGAGAAAGUCAACAAGAUCAAGUGGUGCCGGGCGUCGAACAAUGCACUCUACUUGCUCUCGACGAACGACAAGACGAUCAAGUUCUGGAAGCUGCACGACCGCCACGUGCGUAGCACGCAGCGCGCCAACAUGACGUAUGGCGAGCGCAUCAUGUUCCCGACCAUGAGCGUCACCGACACGGUGGCGGUUGCGACGCCCAAGCGCGUUUUUGCCAACGCCCACACGUACCACAUCAACUCGAUCGCGCUCAACAGUGACGGCGAAACCUUUCUAUCGGCCGACGACCUGCGCAUCAACCUGUGGCACCUUGGUGUGUCCAACCAAAGCUUCAACAUUGUCGACAUCAAGCCCAACAACAUGGAGGAGCUCACCGAGGUCAUUACGGCUGCCGAUUUCCAUCCGUCGCACUGCAACAUCAUGAUGUACAGCACGAGCCGCGGGUCCGUCAAGCUUGGCGACAUGCGCACGUCGGCGCUCUGCGACUCGCACUCCCGGCUGUUUGAGGACCAGGAAGACCCCGCGUCGCGCAGCUUCUUCUCGGAAAUCAUCGCGUCCAUUUCCGACAUUAAGUUCUCGCCCGACGGCCGCUACAUCAUUUCGCGCGACUACCUCACUCUCAAGAUCUGGGAUGUCAACAUGGAGGCACGACCUGUCCAGACGAUCAACAUCCACGAGCAUUUACGUCCGCGACUCUGCGAGCUCUACGACACGGACAGCAUCUUUGACAAGUUUGAGUGCUCCGUGAGCGGCGACGGCAACAACUUUAUCACGGGCUCGUACAACAGCGAGUUUCACAUUUACGACCGGUACGGCCGGUCGGACUACUGCCUCAAUCCAAUGGUCCACGCCGGUCGACGACGCUCGUCUGCGCCGCACAAUGCGAUUGCGCGGGCGCUUGCGGCCGGCGCCGAGGCCGAACCGCUUGACUACAAGGCCAAAGUGCUCCAGACGACGUGGCACCCGACGCAGAACGAGGUCGCAGUUGCUGUGCGCAACAGCUUGUUCGUGUACGCGACCAAGCCCGAGACGCCGACGGGUCCGAAAGUCAAGCACGUGAAAUAGAUAGCCCCAUCUUGUCGUACGUUUUAAUCCAUGUCCUUGUCGGUUUACCAUGA